UCCCUCGCGCCGUCCUACCAGUAUUUGCACAUAUAGCCGGUCGAUCUCCUACUCCUCAAAACUCAAACCCACACGGCGUGCGUGCCACUGUCAGGGCUCUUUCACGGUCUACCACGUGCCGCCGACUCUACAUACCUGCAAGCAAGGACAAUGAAGCACCCAAGGGUGGCUCAGGCGGAGACCGAGCUCUUGACGGUUUCAGCGAAGUUGGACGUCCUGCAUCGCCGGCAAGCGGACCUUCAACGCGUCAUUGACGAGACUUUACGCCUCAAAAGAUCGAUAGACGACGAGCUGAAAGGGCUAGAGGAAAGGCGGCAUGAAUUAGAGCGCGAGAAGCUUCCCAUCAGCUGGCUUCCGAACGAAGUGCUGGCUCGCGUCUUCACGGCCGCCGCCGACUACGACCUCGCCAGCAUAUCAGAGGCGCAAGACGAGGUGGCGGCGCAGCGGCGCGCGCUGCCGAUCGCUCUGAGCCACGUCUGCUCGCGUUGGAGGAGCGUUGCGCUGGGCACGCGCGAGCUCUGGUCUUUCAUCCUCAUUGUCGACGUGGCCUCCGCUUCUUUGCCGCCGGACCACUCCUUGCCUAAAUCCGCCUCGGCGUUCUUGAAGCGCAGCGGAGAUGCAUGUCUUCUCGACGUGUGCAUCAUGCCGCCGCCGCCAGAUCCGAAGCUUCAGGUCUCCUUGAUGAACAUCUUCGUCAAGAUCCCGUGUCGCAGGAUGAGAGCGCUGCUCAUACGGUGCAGGGAACCGUCACUGGCAGGGUCUGCAGUUUUUGCGAUCAAUAACAAUCCUGUCAUACGACGAACUCUCAAGUACCUCGAUAUCUCAUUGCUUAGCGACGCCGUCCCUAGCAGGGCGCUUUUCCUGGCCAGGGACAGGAAGUCGGAAGACCCGGGCCCUUCGCAGCUUACCAGCUUGCGACUCCGCAGGAUACCAGUGGCGACGAUGCACUCAUGUUUCUUUGUUGGGCUGCGCCGACUAGAGCUCUCUUUUCCACCUUCUUCACAUCGCACACCGAUUCCGGCGUACUACUUGACGGUUUCUGGGCUCCGUAUGGUUUUGAAGUACGCUUCCCAUCUGGAGGAAUUGAUUCUAUGCGACGCGGCUCCGGUCUUCGACCAACAACCGGAUGCGGGGAACUACCAGACUUUGUCAUUGACGCAUCUGCGCCGCCUAGAGUGGUCAUAUCCGAUGGGUAGCGAUGUUCAACGCCUGCUUUACAUCUUCGACUUUCCCGCGCUUGAAGACCUGGAUAUUUCGGCCGUCCGCAACUCGUACGACCAUACUAUAGCUCAGAUGUUGCCACCGCAUCUAGCGCUGUGGCAAGAGCCCGCCGAGUACCGCUGCCUGCAGAUGCCCAAGCUGGAUAGGCUCGCACUCACAUGCCUGGACGGCGCAGAAUGUCUGUUGCGCCAGUGCGAUACCACGCAGCUGAAGAGGCUGGAGCUCGUCGGCGGCACUGCACGCCUCGAGAAUUUCCUCCGGGACCCUCGUCUGACGCAGCUCACACAUCUGCUGCUCUCCGAAGUCGAUAUCGAGCCGGCAGCAGCAGAUCAUCUGCUCGGAUACCUCCCACAACUCGUUUCCCUCACCCUUGAGCACGUCGGCAGCGUCGAUCCCAUAUUUGUGGCGCUUCAGAAGACGAACACGGCGGUGCCAGGCGCGGCCGGUGGACUCGCGACUACACCGGCGACCAGCGUGCGGUACUGUCCGCGACUGAAGGAGAUUACGCUCUGGAACUGCGUGGACGUGACAGGCCCUGCGCUUUAUGGUGUCGUGCGCGUUCGAAAUGGUUUGGGGGGUCCAGCAGGAUCGGAGGCGUCGGCCGUAUUGGCGCCUAGAAGUGCUGGGCUGUCUACUCGCCCGGCGACGCCCAACACACAACGGGCUCUAAGACGCCUCCCUGGGAAGCGGCAGGACGUGGUCGGUGCACAAAGGCCGUGCAAAAUCGAGCGCAUCCUGGUGGAAGACUGUCCUGGGAUUGGCGUGGGUGUUUUGAAGACUCUGCGAGGGCUUGGUAUCGCUGGUAUCUCUCUGUAGCCAACGUAUGGAUGAAUCGCGUAGAGAAAUGAUUUGCCCGUGGCACAUAGACAC